AAGGAAGAGACAAAGUGGUCCAAAUGUUACUAUACAUAUCUUAUGGGAGUGUCCUUGGGAGCAAUGGGUGAUAUAAAGGGAGCUCAUGACAUACUCAAAGAAGUACCGGGUCUGCUCAAAAAGAAAAACAAUCAAAUCGAAGCCUAUGUUUCAAGGAGGGCUGAGAAGUUCAAGAAGGCAGCCCCAAGUCAGGAGUACUGUCGUCUGCUAUGUAUGGAGCUGAUAUUUCUCUGGCAUGCUCUACCCACCUGCACUCCAGAUGAACUUCAACCUUAUCUCACAGUUUGUGACAUGCAAACAGAUUCAAAGGUCUAUCAUGUCAAAUGUUUGAUAGAAGGAGCUGUGUAUAAAGAGCUUGGAGAACUAGAAAUGGCAAUACAGUGUUUAGAGGAGGCCAUAGCUCGACAACAAGGAAUGAAGGAAGACCAACAUGUCCCGGCUUUUGCCAGCUUUGAGCUUGCUUCUAUUUACAUGAGAAAGCCUGAGACUGCUGGAAAAGCAAAACAACUGUUACAACAGAUAAAGGAUAAUUACAAAGACUAUGAUUUUGAGAAUAGAUUAACAGUGAGAGUGAAUAAUGCCUUGAAAGCAUUGAAAAUCAGUGCCAAAGUGGGAUGAGUAACAGACCUCCAUCUUCCCUCACUCCAUCUCCACUUCAAGAGCAAAUCAGGAUCAGGAAAUCCAGCUGGGUGUACAGGAAAUCCCAAUGGAUGUUCAGGAAAUCCAGAUAAAUGAUUUAAAAAAUGAGCAUCCGAUCUGGUGGCUUUUAGUUUAAAUAAAUAUCAUUCUCUAAUCACUAAUGACUCACCACUUCAUGAUCUUUUCAGUAUUUCAGUCAAUAUAGAAAUUUCUGUUGUGUUCUCGUAUCAGGGUUGUUUCAUAAUAGACUACUGUUACUCAUUGACAACAGUUUGAAAAUCAUGAAGGCAACAAAUAUGUUUACUUCAGUUGGAUAUUUUGUUCAUGUUUCCAUUUCCUUAGACCAAAUGUAGACCAAUUAUCAUUAAAAAGUUAUUAGUAUUAUGUGUCAACACUGUGCCAAAGUUUGAUGCCCCAUUAAACUUAUAAAAAUCAGUUUAAAUCUGAUGACAAAUACAUUGUUGUUGUUCUAUGUCAUUGCAUGUAUUUAUUUAAUUUGACAUUUACAAUAUCAUUGGUUCAUAAAGUAAGUACACGUCAGCUAAUGCAGCAAGUCCUGUCAAGGCUCUAAAGAAAGCAUGGAAAAAGAUGGUCUCUUUAGGAACAAGACAUGAUUGUCAAUUAUUGUCUAACUUAAGACCAUACACAUGGAGCUAUGCCAUUAAAUUCAGAAUAGCGUAAGUUUAAUUUUGAACUGAUCUUUGAUGAGUAUAUUGGUAAAUUGAAAGAUUCUCCGUAAGCCAUCAAUUUUUUGAUAAUGAAGAUAAUCAUCAUGAUACUUGAUAUUUUGAAAUACAUCUAUACCUUAAUUAAGGGGAGUUGAUUAAGAACUAAACUUUUUUACUUUGAAAUCAGUGAUUAAUUUUGUCAUAAUAGGAUUAUUUUACUCGUCACUGAUUAGAAAUGUGAAACUAUUGGAUAUUGAAUAUGUUUGUAAAGUAUGAAAAAAAUAGGCCUAGGGACAUGGUCUGUCUGGUUUCCUGGUAUAAUACAGAUAACCAUGCAGGUAUUAUUCACAAUUUUCAUUGACAUGGAAUCAUUUCCCCCUUUUGUACCUCUCCAGUCUCUAAAGCAGUGCUGCGGUAGAUAUCAUCUUGUCUUUUCAUGGAAUGUAUGUAAGCAGCAUUUGGAAUAUAAAUUAUUUUCAAUAUUAUAUUUUCAUAAAGUUAUGACAAUCCAAGAAAUUAAAUUAUGUGAAAACCUUAAUACACGUAGCUUGCAUUUUUUCAUUGUUGUUUGAAUAUUUGCGCUUUAUUGAGUCACUUCGCGUUUUAGGUGAAAAUUCUAAUUUGUUUGAUAUUUUCAAAGAAAAUCAAAAAAUGAUAAUUGUAAUGACAAUUGUAAAAUGCCAUUAGUUAUAUUUUGUAUUUUUUAGAAACAAAUGAGGAAAACUUGUUGAUUUGGACUUAAUGUGUAAUACUCAUUAUGUCAUUUGAUGCUGUAACAAUUUCUAAGUCAUACAGAGUGGCAUUUGUAACUCGAAUGUGUACAUCUAGUUAGUUUUCACUUUGAGCCUUUCAUUAAGAAUUUUUGCAUUUUUAUUGACAUUUUGAUUUUCCUUAUGAAAAAUUGAAUUUGGAUGUCUUUACUUUGAAUUGUUUGCUACUGUGAGUUUUUGACAUGCUUUUCAAUUAAUUCCCUGUUCUAAUAAACACAUCUUGUUUAUAUUUUUCCAAUAAUGUCAGUUGUAAUACAUGAAUUUCUAUUCUUGUAGUUUAAAUUUCUUUGCUUAUGAAACUGCACAUAUUUUAUCAUUCAUUAAACUAGUUUCUUUUUUGACAGGAUAAUUUAAUCACUCAGAUGUGAAAAUAAAGAGAACAGAUUUAGGCUGUAUGUUGUUUUUAGAUAGAAAACCCCAUUUCACUUAAUCAUACAGAAUGUCAUCUUACAUAAAUGUUAAGAAAAAUGCAUCAGUAAAUUCACAAUGCAUUGAAUUAUACACUGGAUUGGACACCUAGAUAAAAUGUGUUGUGAAACACUGAUGCUUCUCAAAUGCAAGUCAAGGUCAAAGGUCAAAAGUGUUGGAAUCUAAAGGAAGGAUUUGUUGGAAGGAGGAUACGUGUGAAAUAUGAGAGCCCUGGUAAUAACUGUUCAAAAGUCAUGGUCAUUUUUUUAAAAGUGGGUCAAACUUUAAGUUCAAGUCAAAAAGACGAAAACAUUUAUACCCA